CGGACAAAGUUAGAAGCGCGCAGCUCUCAUAGUUGUGCGAAUGGAGCUGAGGUGGAAGCUCCGUUUUACGCACGCGCCACUGGAGUGCACUUACCGUUACCGUAAGCCGUUAUGAACAUUCCAUGAGAGCUGGCGUCCUGAACCAAACGGAUGGUGUAUGUCAAUGCCUAAAAAAUGCUACAGAAUUUUUUUCAUUGGUGUAUUUUAUAAAUAUUUUUGCGGAGUGACAAAGACAUGGAUACAACUUCGCAACCGCAUUUUGCAACCACAUUUUCUUUAGAAGAUGAUGGUAACGAGACGACCAUCAAUCUAUUUGAACAACCAGACUGGCAAGUGGCUCUCUGGGCCAUUGCAUAUUCGUUAAUAGUCAUUGUGUCCGUUACGGGAAAUGUCACCGUUAUUUGGAUUAUUUUGGCACACAAGAGAAUGAGGACAGUAACCAACUAUUUCAUAGUAAAUCUCGCUUUUUCGGAUGUAUCUAUGGCUAUAUUCAACACCGUUUUCAACUUCGUUUAUGCAUUACACAACGACUGGUAUUUUGGGUUAGGGUAUUGCAAGUUUCAGAACUUCUUUCCUAUUACAGCAAUGUUUUCGAGUAUAUAUUCUAUGGCAGCUAUUGCCGUUGACAGAUACAUGGCCAUUAUCCAUCCCCUGAAGCCUCGCCUCUCUUCCACUUCCACCAAAGUGGUGAUUGGUCUGAUCUGGGCUGUGGCAUUCUCACUGGCGUUUCCCCAGUGCUUCUACUCCAUCACCAGGUUCUACUACCCCCGCACUGUCUGUAUGGUGGAUUGGCCUGAUGACUACGGAGGCAAACACCACCUCACAUACCAGAUUGCUGUGAUCAUCCUGAUCUACUUGCUCCCCCUGUUGGUGAUGCUGGUGACCUACAGUCUAAUAGGUCAGACACUGUGGGGAAGCAAGAUCCCUGGAGAAGCAUCUGACCACUACCAAAACCAGAUCCAGGCUAAACGCAAGGUUGUAAAGAUGAUGAUGGUGGUGGUGGUGACCUUUGCACUCUGCUGGCUGCCUUACCACCUCUACUUUAUCCUGGCCAUCUUCAACAAAGAUAUUUACAAGCAGCAGUAUAUCCAGCAGGUUUAUCUGUCCAUUUUCUGGCUAGCUAUGAGCUCCACUAUGUACAACCCCAUCAUUUACUGCUGCCUCAACCAGAGGUUCCGUUCAGGCUUCCGCCAUGCGUUCAGCUGGUGUCCUUUCGUCACCGUGUCGGAAGAGGACAAGAUGGAGCUGCAGCACACGCACACCUUCAGGAUGACCAUGACACGCAGUUACCGCACUGACACUCCCAGCACUGUUGUCCCCCCCAGCUCUGCAGGGCAAGAGGACAGCCAAUACAAACUCAUCAAGGCCUGAGGUUAGCAAUGGGAACACAGCAGGGCUUAACAUUCGGGAUGUCCAAAUGUUCUCAGUCAUCAAAAUCCUGACCACUACUUUAUUUUUGUUGUCAAAUUGUCCAAACAUGAAUGCUCAAACACAGUCAAGCUGACAAGAUGUACUUCACAGAAAGCACUGAACAGUGGUUAAUGGAAAUCGAUAGGUACUGGGGUAUGUAGAACAGUCCCUUGGCUCGAGCACCAAGCCUUAUUAGCCUUGCAGCUGCAGUCAUGUUGUGGUGCUGUUGUGUGUGACUAGGCUUUGUAAAAUAUAAUGUAUGAGCUAGCAGGGCAAACUGUGGUUCAGGUUCCAUUAGAUCACUGAGAUAUAGAUAGAGUCUGAAAGCUGCUGCACAUUCUGAGCUGUUCUACACCACAAUAAUACAGUUAGCCUCCACUGUGAGUUGAACAGCCUCCCUUUCUACCAAACCUCCAAAGGGAAAUUCUCCUGGUUUGUCUCCACUGAUAACACAUCCGUCUAAAGUGUUAAGAUUAAAUAAAAAAACGGUUAGGAUUGAAUUUGUGCUGGGUAACACUUACCUUUAUGACCUCUUCACAAAAGCAACAGACAUAGGAAAGAGAUGACCCUGUUUGAGAUGGGGAAUUCAUAGUUCUGUCAACUAGUGAGUCCCAGCAGCACCUACAUGGUAAUAGGGAACUUUUGGCUCUUAUAGUAAUCAGUAAACAGUAAACAGUAUGUGUGUUUCUUUGUUGUGUAGGUGUGUGUGUAGGUGUGUGGGGGUUGGGGGGUUUAGGAGGUGGGGUUGGUUGUUGGUUGUUGGCAAAGGGGGGGGGGGUGUUGUCUGACAAGCAUUCCUUUAAGUGUCUGAAUGGAAAUUAUAGGAAAACACAGUUCAGGUCUACUAAUACAGUGAAUUGGCAGGAUUGUGCUGUGUUACGAAAAAUUGGAACAUCUAUCUGUGUGCCAUAGUAACAAUACAUGUGCUUAGAAGAAUAUACACUGUUAUUUCUGUUUUGCUACAAUACAGGGCAUUGCUGUUGUGUAGGUUGUGUACAUUAAAUAUUGCUGUCUUUUCUAUAUAUAGGGCAGUUGUACAGUUCAUAACUUUGAAAGUCAUUCAAAUCAAGUGUUGUUUAAUAAUAUGUUCAUACAGAGUAAGAUAUAGUGUUGUGAAAUACUGUGAACCACUGUAGUAUAAAAAGCUGGUUAUGUGUAAAUUGUACUGUACUGGCAAACAACCUUGUCAAGAAUAAAUUGUUUAUGCACAACAUUAUAAAAAAUAAUCAUUACCACUUAGAUGUUAAGAGAUGAGGUGGAAUUUAAUAUUACCAGGGUAAAAAUGUAGGUGCUCAAUGAUGAGUAGCAACAGCCACAUAUUAAGUUUCACAUCAAAAUAAAAUGUAUUACAUUCCUUGGUAUCAUUUUUAUGGUUCCUGGGCCACGUGUAGUGCACUUUAAAAUACUAUAAAGUUUACAUUUUAUGACACCAUAUAAGGCAUGCAUUCAUCCUGUGACAUCAUCAACUACAACAGCAGGUUGUAGUUCUCAGUCCUGUAAUGGUUCUGGGCUCAGCAAAGCUAACGGAUGCUCGAUGCAUUACACACUCGUGUCUGGUUGGAAUUUUAAUUUUUGGUUGAUAAACACAUAUAAUUGUUAUAUAACUCUUUGUUUUGCUAGAUGCCACUGUGAAACAGUGAAAAGCUUAAUAAUUUAACAUUUGGAAUACUCAAGGCGCACUUUUGGGGACAACUUGAUUGGUUCCAUGUUGCUGUAGAAAGUGCAUCCUAACUCCAACUUUAAAGAUAUAGACUUGCAGGAGUGGUUGAGCCAGUUCUGCAAGACUGCAGAAAGCCUCUUUUUGACAUUUAAAGGUGUUUCCAUAACUACCCCAGGAGCGAUUAAGUACAGAAAUUCAACAUCAUGAAAAAAUAUACAUAGGGACCCCUUGCUGAGAAUAUAUCUCACAUUUUGGUGAGAUUCAGUGACAUAUCCAACCUUAUGAAUAUCCUCUAGCUGUCAUGAUGACAAGACAUUGAUGUGGUAAAAAAAAGAAGAUAAAUAACAUACUGAUUGUGUACGUAUUUACCCGGGCAAGGUUUUAGAAGCUUUAAUUAA